AUGAAACCGCAAGAGGGAAUAGCAUUGGUAAAUAAGGGGAAGGGGAAAAUGCCGGAUGAGAGCGAAGCAGUGAGGGUAGAGGUAAACACGUUGUAUAGAAAGGUAAAAGGGGCAACGUCAGAUAAAGGCAAAGCAGUGUGGCUAGAGUCGGAAGUGUUUAGCCCGCGAGGGAGCGAUCCGUUGAUCGAAGAGUCGGAAGCGACUACGUCGCAAACGAGCAAGGCAGUGAUGGUACGGUCGGAAUUAAGCACGCCUCAAGCGAGCAAAUCGCCGUCGUAUGAAGAACAGGAUCCUGUACAGUAUGGACCCACAGCUCUUACGAUGUGGGAUUUUUGCAGACAGCACCUGAUUGAAAAAGGUUUCGAACCGGCCAAGUAUGCAUUUGAACUUCGUGACCAAGCAAUGACGGAUUUUGAAGUUGUCGGCGAAACUGUCGAAACGGCGAUGCAGAAGUAUAAGAACAAUCCUGGAUUUAGAAUUGUGGAUUUUUUGCUUGAAUUUCUCCCGAGAAAAAGAUGGUUUGGCGAUAGUACACCAGGCCGUUGGCUCGACUAUCAGCUCGACAAUUUCUUCAAGGUCUUUGCUGCAUUUGGUGAGUCCCCUGGAGAGACACUUUGUCAUUAUUUCGCAGAUGCAGGCAUGAAAGAAGAGUUAUGGAUCAUACUUCGAAAGGCACCCCUUUUCAUUAAGAGUAUAGAGCCUGAUUUGUUAAAGAACCUCGCAACCCGCGAACUGAUGUUUCGAUUCAACAUAGAAAAUGGUGUAACAGGAGAAGAGUUUUGGAAAGCCCUAGAUAAAACUGAAGGUAUGCCCAGGGACAAGAUGAAUGUCUACGUUGACUUUCUAGCAUUCGCGUACUUCGCUAUACCAGAGCGUUCUUACCUACAUGCUACAAUUGAUAAAAUCAUUGACACUGGUGACGGGGAGAUCCUUCAUCAAUUAAUUUCCGCAAUUCUAGAGGAUUCGAAAAUGCCUGAGGUAGGUCAUCCGGAAGAAUUAAUGUCACUUGAUGUGAAAGAGCCUGAGACUGCUGUCUUGAGAGCGCUUGCGUCAAAAGAUGAAAAGAAAAUCGUUUCCUAUUGGAUUUAUUCGAAGCCUGAAAAAUUUAUGAAGAUCUUUGAGGAGCAGCUGGGCAGUGACGACCAAGUGAGGCUUUUCCAAGGGGUUCUCAAUGAUAACGAUCAAGUGAGAUUGUUCAAAGCGGCUUUAAAGAACGACGAUCAGGUAACGUUGCUCAAAGAGAUUAUGCAAGAACGGAGAGUUGUUCAGAGCUGCUCUCUCGAAUGA